AUGCAACCAUGGGCUCUGGCAGUGACUAGGUGGGCACCCUCUGCCCCGGGGGGUCAACGGCGAUUCCCUGCAGGACCCAGCAGCAGCCCGGGCCAGUUCUGGGGAAGCCGCGAGGGCCCCCUGGCCAGCCCGCCUGCCCAGGAUGAGCGCUUCCCCUCCCAGCAGCUGCCGCCCCGACCAGCACACCUCCCCGUAGAGGAGCGCCGAGCCUCGGCUCCUGCCGGCGGGAGCCCCCGAAUGCUGCACCCAGCCUCCCAGCAGAGCCCGUUCAUGGUUGAUCUCCACGAGCAGGUGCACCAGGGACCUGUCCCUCUGUCCUACACAGUCACCACGGUGACCACCCAAGGCUUCCCCUUGCCUACAGGCCAGCACAUCCCUGGCUGCAGCGCUCAGCAGCUCCCAGCAUGCUCCGUGAUGUUCAGCGGGCAGCACUACCCGCUCUGCUGCCUCCCGCCCCCGCUGAUCCAGGCGUGCACCAUGCAGCAGCUCCCGGUGCCCUACCAGGCCUACCCGCACCUCAUCUCCAGUGACCACUACAUCCUGCACCCCCCGCCGCCGGCCCCACACCCCCAGCCCGCUCACAUGGCGCCUCUUGGGCAGUUUGUGUCCCUGCAGACACAGCACCCACGCAUGCCCCUGCAGCGCCUCGACAAUGACGUGGAUCUCCGGGGGGAUCAGCACCCCCUGGGGAGCUUCACCUACUCCACCUCGGCCCCCGGCCCUCCCCUGUCCGUGCCCAUGCACUACCUGCCCCACGACACCCUGCACCAGGAGCUGUCCUUCGGUGUGCCAUAUUCCCACGUGAUGCCUCGGAGACUGAGCACCCAGAGAUACCGCCUGCAACAGCCACUCCCCCCGCCGCCCCCGCCGCCUCCCCCACCACCGUACUACCCCAGCUUCCUGCCCUACUUCCUCUCGAUGCUGCCGAUGUCACCAACAGCAAUGGGGCCCACCAUCAGCCUGGAUCUUGAUGUGGAUGACGUCGAAAUGGAGAACUAUGAGGCUCUCCUGAAUCUGGCCGAGCGGCUGGGAGAUGCCAAACCCCGUGGCCUCACCAAAGCGGACAUCGAGCAGCUUCCAUCAUACCGCUUUCACCCGGACAGUCACCAGUCGGAGCAGACGCUGUGUGUUGUCUGCUUCAGUGAUUUUGAGGCGCGGCAGCUGCUCCGGGUCCUCCCCUGCAACCAUGAGUUCCACACCAAGUGUGUCGACAAGUGGUUGAAGGCCAACCGGACGUGUCCCAUUUGCCGGGCCGACGCUUCCGAGGUGCCCAGGGAGGCUGAGUGA